AUGUGUAAGGUUACCUUAUUAGCUUUAGAUUAUCCGAAUACAAUAUUUAAAUAUCAAUUUGUAAUUUUUAAUUUUCCGCCUAAAUUAUUUGUUAUACAAUGGGUAGUUCCUACAGUAAUAAAGAUCGAACCUCAAGCAAUUUAUCCUUACCAAUCUAUUAUUGCAAGAAUCACAUCACUAUUAGCUGAUGAAUCAAAUGAACAAUUAAUGGGUUCACUAUUUGAACAACAAGUUGAAAAAGGAGAUAAGGCAGAUGUUCAAAUUGGAUUGGCUCUUAACCUUGAUUGGUAUACGCCAUAUAGUCAGUUAGAGGUACUUGAGAAUUUUAAUCAUCAAAUUUAUAUUCAACAAAUUAAGACAAGAACCUAUCAUUACUUGUCUCAAGAACUUUUAUUAUCAUUGAAUUCAAUUGCUCAAACUAAGAUUGAAAAAACCGGAACUUUAAGCCAUUAUAAUUUUAUAGUUCAGAAGGCAUUGGAUUUUCAUGCAAUGUUAGGUGGAUUAAUUAACCACAUUGUGACUGGUUUAGAACAAUUUCCUGAUCAUUUUAUUGGACCUUUUCAUGAAAUUAUCCUAUCAACUAAAAUAAUCAGGUUUCUUCUUAAAUAUUAUUCAAAUAUCUAUAUGAAUUACAGCUUUUAUACUGAAAAUCAAGUACCAAAAUCUGAACAAUCAAUUCUUGUUUCUUCAACAGCCUGCCGAGCAACAGCUCUUAGACUUGGAGAUGAAACAUAUACAAACAAAGUCACUUUAAGUACUCUUUCUAUAAGCAUUAUAGGUUUAACCCAAACUGUAAAUGAAGUGAAGUCCAUUUUAACUACUUCAGAUAAUGAAUUUAUAACCUUUAUACAAUGUCUUACCAAUAAACAUGGAAUUAAAAUACAACGUAUCAAAGAUACUUUAAUCACUACAACUGUAUUAGAGAAUUUUUCAGCAUCAACAUCAGUACUUCAAACUACUGUAAAUAGCAUAUUAUCAUAUAUUCAGAAUCAUAAUGACAAUAAUAAUGUUUUAAAUACAACACAUAAUUCUCUAUGUGCUGUUACUACAGCAAAUCCUAUACUCACUUCAAAAAUUCAUAACAAGAUGCAGUUUUUUAAUGGAUUUGAGGAUCUUGAGGAUUCUGAAUCCCAAAUACUUAAUCAUAGAUAUAUUUAUGACUUUGACCUUGGUCCUAAAAAUCGAAAAAACAAAAGGAUUACCCAAAAUUAUAUCAAUCUUUUUAUUAGAGAAUUUGAUGCCUAG